CCAGUUUUAGCGCCGCUCAGAGUGCGCUCCCCCCAACUCUGUUUAUAUCUUAUCAUAAUUUAAUCUUCAUCAGACAUCUUUAACUAAAAGACAGAUUAUUUACUCCAGAUCCACCGCGGCCGGCAGACGUCGUUUUCCGUUCCUAGCUUCUUCAAAUUAGCACCAAUCAUAAUUGCCUGUCAAAAAUAUUGUCUAUAACCACUACGGAAUGAUGAAGGCCCUCGUGUGGUGUCUUUUUACUAUCUUCGUGGUAAAUCCAUCUUGCUCUGCACACGCACCAAUGCGGUGCCACGUCGACACGGAUUGCUCGAAAGAAUUUUAUUGCUCUUCGGAUAUGUAUUGCAACCCUUGUAUAAGUUGCGAAACGACGUACAAACGUCAACCACUGGUAUCAGCCACUUGCGCCAGAGUCGAUGAGGAUUGCGGUAACUGCCUCCCUGGAUAUCAAGCUGAAGAGUGGCAUGGUCAGCGCCACUCGAUGAAAUGUUAUGAAUUCUCGGCCAAACCCAUUUCGUCAGAGAAGCCCAGUUCAAAUACAGACUUUUCCGUAAAUCCAUCUCGCUCUGCACACGCACCAAUGCCGUGCCAAGUCGACACGGAUUGCUCGAAAGAUUUUUAUUGCUUUUCGGAUAUGUAUUGCAACCCAUGUAUUGAUUGCGAAACGACGCACAAACGUCAACCACCGGUAUCAGCCACUUGCGUCAGAGUCGAUGAGGAUUGCGGUAACUGCCUCCCUGGAUAUCAAGCUGAAGAGUGGCAUGGUCAGCGCCACUCGAUGAAAUGUUAUGAAUUCUCGGCCAAACCCAUUUCGUCAGAGAAGCCCAGUUCAAAUACAGACUUUUCCACCAUAUCGACAAUUUUCGAAGGUUCACUGCUGAUAAUUUUUUUCUUAGUCCUAGCCCUAUCAGCUUACUUCAUUAAAAAUACUAAACGUCUUUGUCUGCGAUUGAAUACCACCAACACGGGAAUCGAAUUGGAAAACAGAAAUCCUUCGGCACCAGAUUUGCAACAUGAUCAAGCCAGAAGCCAAGACGGAAUUAACGAGACUGAUCCACUGAUCAAUUCGACUCAGAUUCACAACGAAUUCAUUGUACAAGUCGAGAAAGAUCAUCUUAACAGCGCCAUUCCCAUCGGUCCCCAUCACAGAGAUGAUGACACACUAUCAGAAGCUAGUCAGCACACUGUUCCACUUUCAGAAAACAUUAAUCAUGGAGACAAUGAAGAAGCGAAUGACGGCCCAAGAGAAACCCCAACUGCAACGAGUGAACUCAGCCAUCCUAUGUCGAAUGCAUCGCAAACGCAGCAAUUACCUGUAGAUGACGAACAUGUUACACCCAUAGAGAAUCCCUCGCCUAGUGAUGUGGUAGUAGCCAUGCCUGCUGAAGCAUCUGAUUCUCAAGAUCCGAAUGAAGAGGGAUCCCGGGGUCGACGGAAGGAAACGGGCGAAUCACUGGAAAUUAGAUUAGCCUUGGGUGUAAACAUCAAUCGUGUCAAAGAGUGCUGGGCAUAGAAAAAUUAAUCCGAUUGCACAGCGGCGGCCUUAUACUUACUUUUUAAUACUUCAAAAAGAUUUUUUCGUACUUAAUUUCUAUAAGAUACAUUAUACAAAUUAAUUUUUUUGGUUUAUAAUUUUAACAGGCUACUGAAACACUCAGUAGUUUUAUCUACUACCUAAUUUGAGGUUAAUUUUUGUCAAUAAUAUUUAGCCGUGAAGAGAUGUGAGAUGUGACCCAUGGAACUUUGUAUUCGCAGUGUCAUACUCUACCGCUACCCCACGCCAGGUAUUGUUUUAUAAACUAAUUCAGCUAAAAAUCCAGAUAAGAUGGGUAAAGUGAUUGAAAAUUUUCUGGGGCCACGGGUUGAGCCACUGGGGCAACGGGUUGAACUGAAAAUUUUUUUAUACAUUUACAAACAUGUGAUUUUGCAGCUAAAGAUUUUAAUACACUAAAAAGUAAUGAUCGUA